AUGGCCUCGGCUAACCUGAGCAGCGCGGUGUACGGCACCUACCACACCAACAUGGACAAUCACAUGUGCAUGGAGACAUGGGGACUCAUGACCAUGCGUCUGGCCACCGAUGUUGUCGUGCUCUUCUUCAUCACGUCCGGCCUUGUGAUGAAGGAGGACAUUGCCGGUUUCGAGGAAAACAUCACGGCCAAGAACGAGCUUAUGUGCUGA